ACUAAAAACAAAAUAUAAGGCUAGGCUGCGGAAAUUACAGAAAUAAAAAUUUACAUUUUUUCAUACAAAAUGCCUCCAUCCGUUGAUAAUGUUAACAAUAAUAUCAAUAAAAAAUGUGGAGAAAUAAUUAUCACUAUGAAAAAGAACGCCAAGAAUGUGUAUUCAUUUAAUUGCUGGUUUUGUGACACUAUUUACAUUCAAAUGAAAAAGUUCACUUUGCACUUGGAACAAGAACACGAAACUCAACUGAUCCAAGCAGAAUAUAAAGAGGAUACGCGAAAAGAUGAAACAAAUCCUUCAGUUGAUGACAGUCUUUUUUUGCCCGAGAUUAAGGUGGAGGAUUGUAUGGUUGAUACCAUUAAGAUGGAGCAAGAAGAUGAGGAGCAACAUCAAGGAUCUGGUGCAAGAAAUGCCAAAAAGAAAGGCCAUAGUCCUCCAUUUCAAGAUCCCUUGGAAACCUCAGAUGAUAUUGUUGAAGAAAUAGCGUUGCCAUCAACGGAAAAUACACAAAUGAAACAUUUUGCUGAUACUUCGGAUGCAAAAGAUGAACCCCAAAUAUCCCAUGAAAGUGAUAAACCUAAAGAAGAUAUUGAUAUGCAAACAGAUUCCGAGGAUAAUGAUAAUGUUAACGAAUGCUCCGAUUUAAGCGCCGACGAAAAUUCUUCUGCCUGUGAUUCGGAAUACAAGCCAAACGAUAGUGGUGACGAGGAACGCUGUACGAAAAGAGUUAAGACCAAAAACUCAAAAUCUCAAGAUUCAAAAGAGCUACUCACUGCUCUAAUAGAUGCCUUUAAGAGUAAGCCCCGUCUAUGGGAUGCCACAAAUCCAGAAAAAUGUAGUGGCCAAAAACAGAGAGAUGACUUAUUUCAAAAUAUUGCCGACAAUUUAAAUGUGCUACUCAAACAAGAUUUGACAUUGGAAAUGGUAAAAAAGAAAAUUAUGCUUUUAUGCAAAGAGUAUGAGAGAGCUAUGGAGAAGCAAAUCAGUAAUGAGGAAAAAGGCAAAAAUGAAAAACCCGAUCUGUGGUAUUAUGAAAAUAUGGAAUUUCUAAAGCCAUCUAUUGAAAGUAAGAUUAAAAUUAAAAGGAGAAGGUAUCAUCAAAAAGUGAAACCUCUAAGUGAUAAACUAAUCAACGAUCUGAUAGAUAUUUACAAAAAUUACAAUAGUUUGUGGGAUGCCAAUCACUUGGCAUUUACCGUAAAGGAUAAACGCCAUGAAACUUUGCAAACUAUGGCAGAUGAAAUCAAAACAAAAAUGAAUCUCACUGUAGAUAUAUUCGUACUGGAGAAACACCUAAACCACAUACAUAAAUCAUUUGCAAAAGACAAACAAAAAAAGUUGGAAUGCGAAAAAACUAAACAAGAAUUCCAGGCUUCCUGCUCGUAUUACGGCAAAUGUGAUUUUCUGGAAUUACAUCAGGGUCCCUUCUCAUGCUCCACAUGCAGUGAUAUAAUCGAUACCUAUAAUGAUUUCCAAAUACAUCGUUCCUCUCACGAUGGUUCCCCUCCCUUCAAGUGCAAAGAAUGUGGCAUGGGUUUCAAGAAGAUUGGCAACUAUACCAUACAUGCCAAGCGGCAUUUGGGUGUCUUUAAGUUUUUUUGCAAGGUAUGCGGCAAAGGUUAUCCCUUCAAUGCUGAACUCGAUUUACACAUGCGUUCCCACACAGGGGCACAGCCAUAUUUGUGUUCGGUUUGUGGUGAGGGCUUCCGUACUGCCAUAAGCUAUGACAAUCACAUUCGUAGGCAUGAGGAACGUUUCAAAUAUUUUUGCCAUAUUUGCAAGAAAGGUUUCAAUCAUCUAACUCGCAUGAAUGAUCAUGUGAAGGCACAUUUGAAUGUUCGUGAUAUCAUCUGCACUGUGUGUGGCAAGGGAUUCACAAGUCGAAAGUAUUUAAAUCAUCACAAGCGCAUACAUGAAGGUAAGAAUUAUGUGUGCAAUAUCUGUGGUAAGGGAUUUGCCCAGGAUGCUGGACUGAGGGCGCACAAGAAAUACCAUGGCACACCAAUUGGUAUUAGCAGCAUACAAAAGGAACAAAAUAAAUAUAAAUUAUAAUAACAAUAACAUGCAGUAUUUUUGUCUAGAAAAUAAAAAAAAAAACUUUAAUAAAAUUAUUCAAAAUUUCCAAAA